AAUGCUGAAACCCAACCCAUCUAUCGGAUGUCCACGCUCAUUCUCAAUGUGGACGCCAUGCAGUGCGUAGCACGCGGCCCGAUUAACGCGAAUCCAAAUUGAGUGAUACUGGAAAGUUUUGAUAAAGUCGUCGAAAACCGGGAAUUUAGAGUGUUCAUAGUUGCGAAGUUGUGCUACCAGUUGGUUGUGUGAAAUUAGGACUAGUGUAGCCCAAGAGUCACUGUAGUCCAAAAACCACUAGGGUUUUCAGACUGGUGGUGCAAGUUGGUGAAGUGAUCCGGAAGAUGAGGCAAAUUCUUUGACCCGGAAAACUUCUGGAUUUGGUUCCUCGGUUUAUUUAUUCAGAUUCUCGAUUUCUAGAUCACUUCCUAAGUUUCAUUAUCAUUUCCCGAAAUCGAAAAUGACGACAAUGGGUGUUACAGUCUACUGCAACAGACUACAGAUGCCUGCGAAUGAUCGGGAUCAGCUCAUGCUCUUGCGAACCCUGCAGGACAAUGAGAGCAACAUCCUCGGGAACAGGUCGCAAAUGAUCGCGCCUAAGAGUGUCCUCGUGAAUAAUUCGGGUAUGCCAAUCAAUGGUGGUGUUGUGGUGAACAGUUUUAAUUCUAACAGUGGUGCUACGAGUGUUGUUCAGCAGCAAACGGCGAAUGUUUUGCCGCCUUACGACCCAACGAGGCUGAAGAAACACGGGAAGAAUGGUCAACCGCCACCAGUGGCAGUUGCGCGACGCAACGCCCGGGAGAGGAACAGGGUGAAGCAGGUGAAUAAUGGAUUCGCAACACUGAGGUCGCAUAUUCCAAGUCACGUUGCUGCUGGAUAUGGGGACAGGGGGAAAAAACUGUCCAAGGUGGAGACAUUGAGGAUGGCUGUUGAGUACAUCAGGGGACUCCAAAGAAUGUUGGCUGAAGCUGAUGGUUUGGAGUUUGACCCAAAUGCGGGAAUGGAACACGGGAUGAUUGCUAUGGCUCCAUCCCCAAACGGAAGUGUUCUUUCCUCUAGCACUCAUAAUGGGUCGGGAGAGAGACUUUGUUUGGAGGAUGAGACACAACAGGAGGAUGGAGAUUACCUUCUCGAUGAGGAGGAAGAUGAGGAUAGGGACAGACACGGAAGGACAUCCUUAGCUCUUAGAUUGUCACCAAACUUGAGAAGUUCAACAGUCAGAAGAAGAAGAGGUUCUCCCUGUGACUACUACCCAUCAGGUGGGGAUGAAGAGAACGUCGAACCAAAUGACUCGAGGGGUGGAUUUUCCCGUUUUUCUUCAGCAUCAUCACCUGUUGUCGUCAAGAACGAGUUUUGUCAGAAUGAAGAGAACGCCCAGAGGGCUGCUUUAUCGCCCUAUAGUGGAACAACAGAAAUUGGGUCGGAGGUACUUAUCCCGGAAGAAGGUGCAGCAACAGUUAUCUAUACCCCGAGUCCUGAACCCUUUUCGGGAGCUCUUUACUACAAACAUGAGGUAUCCGAGAAUGGAGAAUUUAUGGACGUCGUCAGCUGGUGGGAACAGGAACAGGGACGGUUGGUUCACCAUACCCAACCUCACGCUCAACGACUGACGCACGUCUAACCGCAUGAAUUGGAACUCAGGAGACAUUUCAAGAGAAGGAUUCGCUGGAAAGAGAAGAAAAUAAAUUAUGAAGGAACAAGGAUUAUUUUGAUCUGCAAUUUUAUAUUACCAGUAUUUCAAGUCUUCCGGAAGUGAAAGGAAAGACAGGACUGAAAUUUACAAUUUCUUAUUUAUUUAACUUUGUGAAAAAAAAUUCCAUUCACUCAGAUAAAAAUGCAAUAAACCUCUAUUUAUUAAAAUUUCAGUUCUUCAUUUUCUGAAACUUGGAAGACCUCGAAACCGCCCAAUCGAUAGUGAUUACUAAAUAUUAAGCAAAUUCAAAGUGUCUUUGAGUGCCUUAGAAAACUGGUUCUUGAGACCACAAUUUCCAGACUUUAGGAAAUAAUAUUUUGAAAUUUUUCCAAAGAUAUGUUUUUACUGUGUGAAAAUAAUAAUAAACUUUUGACAAGAUAUUUAUAAACUAGUCUAUUUUGAAAUGUUAAUUAGAGUGAAAGGGCAUUAUUCCAAAUUAGAAAUUAAUUUAAAUCCAGAAAUAAACUCUUUUCUGGAUAAAAAUCUAUAGUAUCGAAAUUUUUUAUUUAAACUAGAAAGUAUUUUUAUUAUAUUUUGGAAGGAAUGUUUUAAAGGAUUGCUCAAAGCAAAAUAUAUUUUAGAUCGGGGACUAACUCUUUUUUCUAUUUAUAUAAAAAAAUUCCAUAGAAUGAAGGACGAGCCUUUUUGGCAAAAUUUCAAGAAAAAAAUGUCUCAAAAUAUAAAUUCCAAGCUAAAAUAAUCUCCUGAAAAUAAAUUUCUCCGAAACUGAUAUUUUUCAAUCGCCUCAGUUUCAGAGAAAGCAAUAAAAUACUUAAGAAUUUUUGUAAAUACUGAUUUUUAAUUUAGGGAGAAACUCCCCCCUACAGUGGAUAAUGCAACCUAAAGUGAAUCAUUAUUAAUUACAAAAAAAAUGAAUU